AUGUUGAUUCGGCAAAUGGAAAUCUCUAGACUUAUAACCUAUGCAGAUAAAAUAGAGGAUGAUAAGCUAAGGGAGUCCAAAAUAGCAAGGACCGAUGGUGGUGAUUCCUCUCAUGCUAGGUCCGAAAGUGGAGGGCCUCCUUAUUUUUUUCCAAAGUUUACAACCGCAUGCAAGAAAUAUGGGAAGAAUCACAAAGAAGAACCUCUAGCGGGUUUGAAUGUGUGCUAUCGAUGUGGAAAGACGGGUCAUAAUUCUAAGCAGUAUAAGGUCAAAUAUAGUUAUCCUCAAGGCCAAGUUACGCAUGGAGGCCAAGUUCAACAAGGUGGACAAAAUCAACCAAAAGGUGGUCAACCCAACAAUCAGUUAUAUGCUUUUUAUAGUAGACAAGAGAUGGAGGAGACUCCUAAUGUUGUUACCGGUAUUUUGCGGUUCUUUCACUAUGAAGUUUAUGCCUUACCUGAUCUAGGUAAUUUGUCUUUUGUUACUCUCUAUGCAUCCAUGAGAUUUGAUAAAAUGCCUCCAAUAAGACCACUGUUUCCAAUGGGGAACAAUGCUAAUGAGGUCCAAGAUCCUCCGACUCUUUAUGGAAAUAGCCCUUUGCCUGAGCAAGUGGCAGAUGCAGAUUUUUGGACCGCCUUUAUCAUACUAGCUCACGUAGUGGCCAAUAAAGGGAUUGUGGCUCCUCCGAAUGUUCCUACUCUGGUAUGA